GACCAAGAGGUUGAACGACGAACGAACGACAAAGCGACCACACCAGCCGACAGGUCGCAUCUCUUCCGGUUUACGACAGUUGAGGUCAGGGAUCAAAUAUUCAAGAUGCCUACGGAAGCCGGUCACCGCCUUUAUGUCAAGGGUCGCCACCUGAGCUACCAGCGGUCCAAGCACCACCUCAACCCCAACACCAGCUUGCUCAAGCUGGACGGUGUUGACGACACCAAGGCUGCUCAGUUCUACCUGGGCAAGAAGGUCGCUUUCGUCUACCGCACCAACAAGGAGAUCCGCGGCUCUAAGAUCCGCGUCAUCUGGGGCAAGAUCACCCGGUCGCACGGCAACUCCGGCGUUGUCCGCGCUCAGUUCAGACGCAACCUUCCCCCCCGGUCUUUCGGCGCUUCCGUUCGUGUCAUGUUGUACCCCUCUUCCGUCUAAAGGGAUUGAGCGAGUGUGGAUUUGGUACGGGUUAGCUACGAAGGAAGCUGGACGAUCCUUGAUUGGGGAAACGGUCAGAGACAGACUCCGCGCUGUGAUGUGGUUGAAACAGGCACAAUCGGGACCGACCCUGUGAGGCUGUCCGAUGCUCUCACUUUGCGAGCAUCUAUAGAUUGUACCAAAAAAGCAAAGCACAAUACCUUUUGAGAAACAUUCGGAGUUCAAUUUGGGUUGUAUAAACAUUUCAGUGGACCGACGUGUGCGCCAUUUGCGCCCCAUGACAGACCUGCUCGAUAUGCGUGUGU